GAUAAGUGAUGUCGGCAAAACUGACGGCCUUAAAUAUCAGGUGGAAGGUGAAGAAGAAAGAGGCGAAGAGCAAGGGAGAUGGCAUGCAUAGAGAUUCGGAAGGGGCCAUGGACGGAGCAGGAAGACUUGCAGCUGGUUUGUUAUGUGGGGCUGUUCGGUGAGCGGCGCUGGGAUUUCAUAGCCAAAGUUUCAGGUCUCAACAGAAGUGGAAAGAGUUGCAGGUUGCGCUGGGUUAACUACCUGCGCCCGGACCUCAAGCGCGGUAAGAUCACUCCUCAAGAAGAAUGCCUCAUCCUUGAUCUCCAAUCCCGAUGGGGAAACAGGUGGUCGAGAAUUGCUCGAAAAUUGCCAGGAAGGACAGAUAAUGAGAUAAAGAAUUACUGGAGGACCCAUAUGAGGAAGAAGGCGCAAGAGCGUCGAAACGAUCCAUCACCCCAGUCAUGUUCAUCUUGCUUGACAUCUGAUAAAGAACGAGAAGGACGGAUGCUGGAGAAAGAGGGCACGAAACUUAACAAGGAGGAAGGAGGUGAGGAGGGAAAGAGUUUGAUGGAGGAGAUAUGGAAGGAGAUUGAAGAUUAUGAAGGAGAGUUUAAAUUCUCGAGUUCUUCUUCAAUGGAAUCUCCUCUGUGGGAGUACUCAUGGGACUCACUCUGGAAGAUGGAGACUGGUGAGGAGGAAUCCUUGGCACCCAUGUGUGAUCCUCAUGAUAGGGAGUCAUGAGGGUCUUAGGGCUUUGCUCUCUCUCUCUCUCUUCCCAUGUCCAUGCACUCUCUCUCUUCCCAUGUCCAUGCAUGUGUAGUAUAGGGGUUAAAUCAGGGUCUUGGGGUUUGGUCUGUGUCCUCUUUGUACAUGCAUAUGUACAGUACCCCUGUGAACGGUCACUGGGUGGUCAUGCUACCUACUUUAUCAAGAAGGAGAUGAGGUUAAACUUAAACAAGCAUUUUUAGUUCACCAUAUCCGGUCAUAAUUUUAAAAUUAAUGAAGCAUAUUAGUACUAACACCUAUCUAGCCAAAUCUUAAACUACGCAUAUCUAGUACAAGAUUGACCGACCUCACCUCGAUUUGGGGUUACCAAAUAUCCAUUGUGAUGAGCGCGGGACCACUAAGAAAAUGACAACAAUGGAGCUUUAACAAAAACUUAUUAUUUAUACUCUCUUAACCACACAAAUCUCUUAACCUCCAAGCUACCCAAGUGAAUUAGAAUCAAAAUAAUGGAGAAAAAAAAAAAAGCACACACUUUAUAGGUGGAAAUGGAAAGAAAGAGGCAAUAAAAGGGAACAAUAAAUUAGUGGCUUUGGGAGGCAGGGAAAGGUUUAAUGGGUUGAAGCUCCUUU